CGUUUAAAGACACCUGUUCUUGUUUUUGAGGAGCAGAUGUACGCUAUCCAUCAGUCUGUGAGCCAACUGGCCAACUGUGGCUAAAGCCGCAGAUCGUCGCGUAAAUUUGACGUCACAUUUGAGGUGGUUUGUUUUCAUGUAACGUUAACCCAACUUUACUGUAAAGUAUUAAUUUAACUGCCGGGUAAAUAUCCUAGCAUAUUAUACAGUUUUACACGUUUUACCUCGACUCUAACAGCGUGAGUGACACGACUGCUGUCCGAAAUUCCAAGGGCUGCCACACUUUUCGUUAGCUCUUGUGCUAACGUCAGCUCCGUUACCGUUUUCCCUUCGAUUUAAAAAAAAAAAAAAAGAAGACCUGCCACUGUCGCGACGUGACAUGUUUGCAGCUUAACGGGAAUUAAUUGGCUUGGCAAAUACAAUUGAAGUCGGUUUGCAAGUUUAAAUGUUGACUUUGUUUAUGAGUUAGACAACGUAUGGUUUGUGUAGCAGUCCUGCACUUCGAAACCGGGCCACUACCAUGCAUAUUAAAGAGAAGACAAUAGCCAUUUUAAAGCAGUUCGAUAUUGGAAAAAAGUUCUCUUACCUGCCGGUGCUGCCCAAAGCCUCAGUCCUGAUCCCACUGUUGGUGAAGAAUGGGGAACUCCACACCCUGAUGACCCUGCGAUCAAAACAGCUGAGGACCAGUGCUGGUGAGGUGUGUUUCCCAGGAGGGAAGAGAGAACCCAGUGACCAAGAUGAUGUGGAUACAGCUCUGAGAGAGGCACAGGAGGAGAUCGGUCUACCACCUGAUGAUGUUCAGGUGGUCUGUACACUGUUCCCAAUCAUCAACAAGAGUGGUCUGUUGGUGACCCCAGUCGUGGGCUUCAUAGAGGAGUCAUUUUGUCCCAAUCCAAACCCCGCUGAGGUCAGUGCCGUGUUCACCGUCCCACUGGACUUCUUCACCAGCCAGAAGGACCACUAUGCUGCCCACGGUGCUGCCGGAUUGGUCGGGCCACUGCACUCGUUUCACUUUGUGGACCCUGAUUCAAGAGGCCAGUAUCACAUAUGGGGGCUGACCGCCAUGUUGGCCAUACUAGUUGCUGCACUUGCUCUCAGGAAAAAACCCGAGUUUGAUGUUGGUUUUGACUCCGAGGAUCCGCUCUCCUUCUUCCAGCAGAUUCUACAUAGAAGACUUAAUAAACUAUGACCAGCUGUUGUCUUUAUUUUAAAUGCAUUUGUGCCACAACAAAGUACCUGUACAGUUACGUAUGUUAACUGUAUUAAUUUACUGUAUUAAUUCUGCAGAUAACGGUGCAGUAUUUGUUAGAAAAGAUUAAUAUAAAGUUGAUUCAUACACUUUUACACUGUCCAACCUUCCAGGUGUUUUUUGUACUUGUGCAUAAAGUGGUGAGUAAAUGAGA